AUGAAGGUUCCUUGGUACCCUGAUGGGGAUACCAUGGCCAGGCACGAGUACAAUUCUCUCACUGCGUACACUUACACAUUUGAUAAAGUAUUUGGACCACAAGCAAAUACUAUGGACGUUUAUGACGUAGCUGCAAGACCUGUAGUCAAGGCAGCAAUGGAAGGUGUUAACGAGUGUAAUUUUUGUUUCUACGGCACUAUCGUUCAUUGCAACUGGAGAAGGAUUUUCUUGAUUUAUUGUCCUGGGGUUGUAUACCAGAGCCAUGACAUUGAGACAGAUAUCAUCCUCAAGCGAGUGGUAAGAGUUACCAACCUGGAGGAUGCAUCUGAGCACAUUGGAGCUAAAAGGCCAAGUCAGCUCCAACGAGAAGUGAUUUACCAUGGUGCUAAAAGGCCAAGUCAGCCCCAAAGCCAUGGGAACACCUUCAAGAGCUGGAGCACAAGUCUGCACAUGAAACAGGAGCGUCUAACUCUGCAGCAGCCACCUUGGCUCAGUAGUUUUUUUUUCCAGUGA